GAGCAAUGGAGGUGGGGAAACAAGGCAUUGCGUCGCCGAGGGUGGUGGUGACGGUAACAGUGGCAUUGCUGUUUUUGAUGAUAUCAGGUGUGUCCUCCGUCAGAUACAUAGUUGGAAAGGACCUUGGAUGGACCACCAAUGUCAACUACACCGUUUGGGCCGAAAACAAACACUUCUACGUUGGCGAUUGGCUCUUUUUCGUGUAUGAUAGGAACAUGAUGAGCGUGUUGGAAGUAAACAAGACGGCCUAUGAUCAAUGCAUAGAAACUGAUCCAAUCCACAACUGGACCACUGGACAUGGAAGGGAUGUGGCUCCCCUUAAUGAGACCAAGCAAUACUACUUCAUCAGUGGUAAAGGUUUCUGCUUCGGUGGAAUGAAGCUCUCCGUGCUUGUCGAAAACCCCCCGCCGCCUCCGACAGCAUCUCCGACGACGAUGAACGAAAAGAGCGGAUCUGCUCCUUCAUCCUUUAGUAGAUACAGAGCCCACCACCACAUUGUUUUACCAGCUGCGUUCGCCAUUGCUGCCCUUUGGGACUCAUUCCUUCGUUUCUGGUAGUACUGAUCACUUAACCCU